AUCUUGUUUGAGAAAUAGCGGUUGCCUUGGCAACCCCAGGCGUGGGACUGUUUGAGGAAAUGAAAGCGUAAGAAGCAUGGCUGUGCUACACUGGGCAGAUGCGCUUAGGAAAGCCAAGAAAACCGCUUUAAUAUCUGAAGGGAAAAGGAAAGUUCAUUAUCUGUUUGAGGAUGGCAAUGAGAUGGCUGAGGAGUACGACCUGAAAACAGAUGAACUUGUUUUGCGAAAGUGGCGACAUAAAACCACCUUUGGAGGGCAGGGGCAGUGGACAUGGGAAGUUGGUGAAACAACCCCAGAUGGCAUUACCUCUGAUUUAAUAAAAGAGAACAGUUCAAAUCCAUUGUUCAUGCGCAAGGACACAAAGACCAGUUUCCAAUGGAGAAUCCGUAAUAUUUCAUAUCCUAUUGAAGUCUACAGUGUGUCAGUAGAGCCCAUGGAAAGAUGUUGUGUCAUUCGAACCUCAAACAAAAAGUACUAUAAGAAGUUCAGUAUUCCAGAUCUCGACCGUUGCCAGCUGCCGUUGGAGAGCACAGCCUUGAGUUUUACCCACGCCAACAACACUUUAAUCAUCAGCUACAAGAAGCCCAAAGAGAUUUUAACACUGGAACAGGAGCUGCUUGGGGAACUGAAGAAACUGAAGGGGACAAGUGAAGGAGAUAUUGACUGUAAAACUCAGUGAACUGCUGUGGAUCCAGAGCCUUUGCAUUAUUGUAUUUGUCUGGCAGCGGUUCUGCACGUUCACUUCAGCUCUGUGUCUCACCUUGGCAUGUUUCUGUCAGCCUUGUGCAUCCAAGCAGCUCAUUUUCGAUGUGUGUUAUUAUUUUACUAUUUUCAAUGUAGAAUUUCAAAUGUUGUUCUGAUUGAUGUUCCUACGAUUGUUAAAUAAUGCUAAUUCAUUGGCUGAAAUAAAAUAAAAUUAUUAUAAGAA